AUGUUAAGGAAAGUCACCGCCAAGAAGGGCACUGGAUUCUACAUCCGUGCGGCAGCGACCUUUUUGAGGGGCACGGAGGACAAGCCUCCAGUGCCGUCCAUCGUUCUCAGUGGUACCGGAUCUGCUGCCUCCGUCGUGGCCGAUGUGGCCCACGCCAUCGAGAAGCAGGGUCUGGCUAAGAUCACCCAUCUGGAGACUUCCUUCCCGGAGGUCGCCAGCCGUGGGGUUCCCCGGCUUGCAGCCACUCUGACAGCCCCCUGGCCUCACCCGGAUCCCAGCAGCUACAGUAACUUCGACGAGGUGGUGGUAGAGAGCUACGACUUGGAUCAAGAGAUCGACUUUGACAAGGGGGUGCUUACCGGGUCCAUCGUGCUGCACCUUUCCGGUGUCAAGGAGUUGAGCACGUCAGUGGUGCUCGACACCCGGGGCCUCGACGUGACUGGCGCCUUCUGCGGUAGCGAGGCGCUCCAGUUCGCGGUCGGAAGCCGCGGUCGCAAGUCCGAGGCUCUUGGCGAAGCGCUAGAGAUCCAGCUUCCGAAGCCACUGGCCGCCAAGGAGAAGACCUCGGUUCGCGUGGACUAUUCCACUGCCCCAGAUGCGGUGGCCGUGCAGAUCCUGGCUCCGGAGCAGACGCUGGGGAAGAAGCACCCCUACCUCUUCACGCAGUGCCAGGCGAUCCACGCGCGCUGUCUGAUGCCGUGCCAGGACACGCCUGGCGUGAAAAGCUCCUACAAGGCGAAGAUCACUGCGCCCUGUCCGCUCACUGUGCUGAUGUCGGCCGUCGCGGAUGGCGAGCCGGAGAGCGUGGACGGUGGGAAAAGGCGAUUCUCUUUUACGCAGAAAGUGCCCAUUCCCUCCUACCUUCUGGCCAUCGCCUGCGGAAACCUGGUUAGCGAGAAGAUCGGUGCGCGAAGCCAUGUCUGGAGCGAGCCGGAAGCCAUUAAGGCGUGUGCCUUCGAGUUCUCUGACACAGACAAGUUCAUGAGCAUCGGUGAGAAGCUUUUCGGGGAGUAUGUCUGGGGAGUCUACGAUCUGCUCGUCCUUCCCCCGUCCUUCCCGUACGGUGGCAUGGAGAAUCCAUGCCUUACGUUCGUAACGCCGACUCUACUGGCAGGGGACAAAUCACUCGCAGAUGUGGUGGCCCACGAGAUCACGCACAGCUGGUUUGGGAACCUCUGCACCAACCGAAGCUGGGAAUGCUUCUGGCUGAAUGAGGGCUUCACAAAGUUUGGAGAGUGCCGAAUUAUGCAGAACAUGAAUGGCAAAGACUAUGAGCAGCUGCUGCUGCGGAAUCUGUGUAUCAAGCUGAAAGAGGAUGUAUCUCACUUUGGUACUGGCCACGAGUUCACGAAACUGUGUCCGCGUCUUCCCGGCGUGGACCCGGACGAUGCUUUCAGCGGCAUCCCCUAUGUGAAGGGUCAGAUGAUGCUGCUGCACCUGGAAAGCCUCGUGGGGCAGGAGCGCUUCGAGGCGUACCUCCGAGCGCAUGUGAAGCGCUUCACUGGCGGAUGCCUCGACGAGAAGGACUUCAAGAACUUCUUCUUGGAGCACUUUGCCGGCGAGCCUGCCGUCAAGGAUGUGGACUGGAACACCUGGUUCUAUGGCAGUGGCCUACCUCCCAUGCCGGAGGUUGACUCGCGCAUGGCCAAGGAGGUCCGCCGCCGUUUCGAAUUGUGA